AUGUCGGUGCUGCUCCUGGCGUGCCUUGGCCUUCCCGUGAGAGUUUUGAGCCACUCAUACUUAGCACUGCCUCCUUCGCGGAACUUGCUCGCAAACUUGGACGGGCUGGAGGAUUGCCCACAUUGCCUACAGUCAGGCGGCCCUGACAAUGUCAAGGCCCGCGGAGAGGGCGUGUGGCCGACCCGAUUGGCUCCAGGCUCUCAUGGCCUGUGUGGAGACCCGGUGCAGGGACAAAGCAACCCUGUUCGGCUUCAAGAUGAGACCUAUCUCAAAGCCGGCGUCGUCACGGCAACAUAUGUGCCAGGAGAAGUGGUGGAGUUCCAAGUCGCAGUUAGUACCCAUCAUCAAGGACACUACGAGUUCCGCAUCUGCGACAAGCCGCUGGAUGCGGCGUCCCUCACUUCAGCUGCCGAAGGCCAGGCUUGUUUGGACCAAUGGUUGCUGCAGCGGGCACCGCCCUUGGAUGACUGUGUGGUCAACGAUCCCAGGGGCGACUGCCAGCCACUGGACCCAAAGCAUCCGGAAAGAUGGUACUUGCCACCAGCUGGUUCGCAGACGCAAGUGGCCGGGCGAGACUUCACGGACUCCAUGGCUCCCAGCUAUCCGUCCUCGUCGGAGGUGCACCGCAUGAGGUUCAAGAUUCCCGAAGGCUUGCAGUGCUCCAGGUGCACGCUACAGUGGUACUGGUCUUCCGGGAACACCUGCCUUUACGAUGGCGACUACUUCGACUACUUUCGAGGCAUUGCUGCGCUUGGAUGGGACGCAAGCGCAUGGCAGACCAACGUUCUGGAAAACUGGGCAAACUGUGCCAACAGCUGCUGCCAAAGUGGUGGAACGUUCGGGGAGGAGUUCUGGAACUGCGCAGAUGUUGCGGUUGUGCCAAGUGGCGGCUCUUCGGCAACAACGACGGAGAUGUCAACCACCAGAGUUGCCACAUCAGCGACCCCCACCAGUACCACUACAACUUCGGCAGCGACACCUCUAUUUUCUCCUGUGGAUGGAGGCGAUGGGCGGGCUUGUCGUGGAAGAAGUGCCCGGGAUAAUUCUGCGACCUACUAUGAGGUGGUGUCCGGGCUGACUCAGCUGGAGGACUGCAAGGCAAAAUGCGUUGCAACAGCAGGCUGUGUUGGCAUCGAGCACAACCCACGUGGCCGUGGGCGGUGUGAGGUGUGGACACGGUCUGAAGGAAUCCAGGCUUCUAUUCCCCUGCCUGGCUUCAUGUGUCUCAGACUGGGCGAGCCAUCUACUACGCAACCGAUCGGGUCGCUCGGAACCUUUGAGAGCCGUGGAGAGGGCACGGCCUGCCGUGGGUCGAGCCCCAGAGACAACUCUCCCAACUACUACUCGGUCUUCUCUGGGGCUUCUCUCGACUUUUGCAAAAGGCAGUGUGCAUCCACCGAGGGCUGCAAAGGCAUCGAGCUGUCGAACGGGGGAAGAUGCGAAGUUUGGACCCGAGCCAUUGAAGCGAGUGCUGCUGUGACUGGCUUCACCUGCUACACUUACACUCCGCCUGGGGUCCCCACCACAACAACUUCGACCUCGUCUCCGAACGCGUGCUCCAGUGCGUGGGGAGCGUGUGGCGGUCAAAACUGGGACGGGCCAACCUGUUGUGAAGAUGGGUAUGUUUGCAUGGCCGAAAGCGUUUGGUACUCACAAUGUCGGCCUGCCGCAGCUCUGUCUGAGAUGCCUGACCUUGCCACUCCUGAACAGAAGAAGCACCGCCGUUUUCGUGGAAGCACAUUUUUGCAAGACGGCAUGCUCUUGGACCACAUGCUGGUAGAAGAGCUAUGA